UCAAAUGUGCAGAUGGAGCUAUGGAUGCAAGGACUGACAGAUCACGAGCUCGAUGUUUUAUUACAAAGACUCAAAUGACAACAAAAACAGUGUACCUUUUAAUGGUGUUCAUAGCUAAGGGUACUGCUGAGGGAUCAGAGUCUGAGACUAACAGUCAUCAAACAGACCUGGGGUCCAUAGCCAAGAUUACCCAGGGUCAGUGGGAUGAUGAGGAAGGGAUGGAUGCUGAAGAUCAGGAGCAGGAGAAGAAUGCCAGCAAAGGGGCUCUGAAGAUCACAAUUCAUGUCCUGAAGAGUAAUGAACCAGAAAGAGUUUGCAAGACACACUGGAAAAAAGUUCCUAUGGCGAGCUUGCUUUGUGCCAACAACCUAAAAUCUCAUCUGAAGAAGCGGUCUGAGUAUUUGUUUGAAGGAACCCAACAUUUCUCAAUAAGAUCUAUACCGAGCUCUACACAGAGGGUGGAAGUGGCAAGGUCAACAAUGAACAUGAGCUUCCUUCUCAGCCUCUCUCUGGAGUCCAAUCCGACUCUGUUAAGAGGUCUACCAACACAGACAAGAAGCAGCUCACAGAGCCAUAAGGAAACAGUAGAAUACAUCAAGGAGAACCCCUCUCCAGAGAAGUGCAUCAGCCUGCACCACUGUCGGAAUGAGCUGAAUGACCAUUUAGUGGAGGAGAUCCAAAGGCACCUGGGAUCGGGAAUUCUCUCUAAGGCCAAACAUUCACCUGCAGAGUGGUCAGCUCUGGUCUUUGUGUUGCUGACCUCAGAGAUGCUGGAUAUUUUCGACCUGAGAAAAUACUCUGGUUCAGAGGGUCUGCUGAGGAUGCUGCCAGUGGUCAAAGCCUCCAGAGUAGUGCUGUAA